UUCGAAUACCCUUUAGAUUAAAAAAUGUUUCUGCAACUUUCCAACAAAUAAUGGAUGACAUGUUAUCCGGGGUCUCUACUGAAAUUGGUAGAUUUACUUCUUAUUUUUUUAUGGAUUUAUUUGUGCUAAAUUUUCCUGAAAUUUCGAAAAAAUGAUUCAAGGGAAAAAAACAAUUCUAGUGUUCCAAAUUUCAUUUUUGAUCCAAAUUUUAAUUAUUACCGGCUCUUGAGGAGUUGGAUAUUGUUUUUAGAGGCCCUCAAGAACCGGUAAUAGCUCAAAAUUUGACCAUUACCAUGUCUCGAUUUGUUAGAAAUAUUUUCUAGUGUUCCAAAUUUCGCUCUAUUUAGUUUAUAUGGAAAAAUGCAUCCAAAUACCACGGUGGAGAAAAUUGUUGGUCUGUUUUUUAUUUUACGAAUGGGAGCCUACUUGUGACGUCACAAAACGAAUGCCAAGGCUAUGGGUGUUAUUAUGUCAAAUGAGACCUAAGAAAAAUCUCAUAACCUCAAAACAAAAAGUUAAAAAAACACAAAACAUAACUUGAGUAGGUAAAUAAUUAAAAAAGUGCUCUUGAACUAAUUCUAAUUAGAAAUUGACUUUUAAAAAUGUUCAGCGUAUCGAGACUAUGCGGGUCAUCGUCGGCAAGGUUUUUGCCUCAACUUGCGAACCUCACACCGAAAACUGUGAACCACUUGGCACCACUCAGAAGUUAUGCCAACUUGAUUUGCAAGAAACCACAGCCCUUAUGGCGAAAUUCAACUAAGGCAUUUCAAAGAGGUAGCGGUACUGUUACCUUCAGGCUUGCAUCUGAUUCAACACAAAAAGGCCGCAAAUCCGUAGGUUAUUGGUUGGUUGCGUGUAGUGGAAUGGUUUUCGUUGCAGUAGUUUUAGGUGGAGUAACAAGACUUACAGAAUCUGGACUUUCAAUGGUAACUUGGAAAUUGCUUGGGGAAAAAAUGCCAAGGACUCAACAAGAGUGGGAAGAAGAAUUUGCUAAGUAUCAGCAAUAUCCGGAAUUUAAAAUCAAAAAUCGAGACAUUACUCUAUCAGAAUUCAAAUUUAUUUGGCACAUGGAAUACGGUCACAGACAAUGGGGUAGAUUCAUAGGGGCAGCGUUCCUAAUUCCAGCUGCUUAUUUUUGGGCCAGAGGCAGGUUUACACCUGGAAUGAAAAAGCGAGUCUUGGCUUUUGGGACUUUAAUUGGAGCACAAGGUCUGAUGGGUUGGUACAUGGUAAAAUCAGGGCUUGAAGACCGAUUUAAUGGAGAAAGUGAUGUACCCAGAGUGUCUCAAUAUCGUCUUGCCAGCCAUUUAGGUCUUGCAUUUAUUUUGUAUACCCUUUUUAUUUCCUCAGCAUUUGAACAUCUUUUGCCAGCUGAAACUAUUAAAGUCAGCAGUGCUGCUGUGUUAAAGGCUAGCAGAAAAUUUAGGAUGCUAGCUCAUACAACUAAAGGAAUGGUAUUUUUGACUGCUAUAUCUGGUGCAUUUGUGGCAGGUUUAGAUGCAGGUCUAGUUUACAAUUCCUUUCCGAAAAUGGCAGACAAAUGGGUCCCAGACGAUAUUUUUGCAUUCACUCCUAAAUUGGUGAAUUUCACAGAAAAUCCCACAACUGUACAAUUCGAUCACAGAAUUUUGGGUACCUCAACUUUGGCUUUGAUUACAAGCCUUUGGUGGUUGAGUAGAAGAAGGAUUUUGCCUAGAAGAGCUUAUUUGGCCACUAGUGCUUUACUUGCUGUUGGUUAUUUACAAGUUGCUCUUGGUAUAACAACACUUUUGACUUAUGUACCAGUUCCUGUAGCUGCCAGCCAUCAAAGCGGGUCGCUUUUAUUACUUUCCACUGCAGUUUGGCUUACGCACGAGUUGAAAAAAUUACCCAAGUAAUUAAGUUGAUGUUUUGUUUAGGUACCUUAAAUUGUAUUAUGAUUGUGAAUAGAUUUAAAUAUUUCCUUUUUUUAAAAUCAGCAUUUUUCUUCUGAUUCUGAGACAGAAAGCAAUGUACGGAAAAAAAUUGGAUUUAGAUUAAAAAAAAAACAACAUAAAAUUAGAAAAACAUAAAUAUAUUUUACAUAAUAAUAAUUCUCAUAUUUUCACCUGAAAUCUAAACUUUAUAAUACAUAUACAUAUUCCAGAUUCCAGCCAGUCGCAAAUUAAAUAUUACUUUCAUUACUUUUCACAAGAUAUGCCUAAUCACAAAAAAAAUUCAAUUAACACCAAUAAUUCACAAACAAUAUUGUCCCAAGAAGUAAUUUUUUAAUAAAUGAGAUAAACAAAAUCUAAACAGUCAUUAAAAAUACCUAUUUUUGAUAAGAAUACAAGCACCUGACACAUAUUUUUCAUGGAACUAGACAUUUGAAAAAUCUACAUAUAAUUCAAUAUUUCCUAAGUAUGUAAGAGAAAACUACUAAUUAUUAUAUUUUAUGUUAUAAAAGUUCAAAUCCAGCCACGUCAGGAACAAAAUGAUCUUGAACGUGCCUCUCAAAUAUCACAAAUUCGAUUUCCUUAUGGAAAACUUUAGAACACAAAGGACAAAUUCUGUCAUUGGCUUGAGCAAAAUCCGGAUAGUUUUGUCUCUUUAUAGGACUUUGUUUGUUGCCAAGACUUUUAUCAGCACAGUCGGUUUCAGUGAAUUUAUUCUCAAAUGUUUUCUGCGACAAGUCCAGGGUAGAGGUGCUUUUUUCUAUUGUAGCCUUUUGGGACUGGCAAUUUUUGCAUUGAAGUUUCUCUUUUAACUGUUGCAUAUUUUUCACAUUCAAUUCUAAGACAGUUUGUUGAUGCACGAUUAUGUCUUUUAAUAAUUUCAAAUCUUCACCAAAAGUUUCAAUAUCUGUAAGGGUGUCAUUUUCUAAUUCUUCGUCGAAUAAAAAGCCACAAUUAUCUGUCGUUAGGAGGUCGUCAGUAGAAAAAUUCAUUUCGGAAAUUUCUGUACAUAACAAAUCUGCAAGAAAAUUUAUAUGUAUAUUUUUAAUUUCAACUCAAAAAUAUCUUUUACCUAAUUCCUUUCUUUGUUUAGUGAAACUGUCAGAGAGUUUCAAAGAAAUAUCUUCAAGUUCCAAACUGAUUUUAUCAUUCUCUUCCAAGUUUUUCUGUAAAACUUUGGUCUGCAAUUCUGACUUUGUGAAAGUUUUAGAUCUGAUUAAGUUUGAAUGUUGAGGAGGAACAUUUGAGUGCUACAAGAAUUAUUAUAUUAUAUAUAUUAUUAUUAUAUUUAUAAAGAAUUUGUUAAUAUUGUCUGCAUUUACCUGACUUAGAGUAUCAUUAAUUUUCGUUAACUGACUUCCCAAUGAUUUAUUCACUUUUGUAAGUUUACUAAGUUUACUCCACAACUCUUGAUUCUCAUUUGUAACUAACUUUACCUUGUUAUGCAACUGAUCUUUUUGCUCUGAUAAUUCUGCAACCUAAACUAACUUUUACUCAACUGAUUUAAGAUGAUCAAGGAUUUUUACCUGUGCCCUUAAAGAAUCUAAUUCACUCAAGGAAUUUUUCGAUUCUUCAUUUCUGCUACACUGAAUCCUCAAUUUGACAUUUUCUUCUUCUAGCAGGGCUACAUGUUGUUGUAAAUUUUUGCAUCGGUCACGUAAGGUGUGCACUGCUAUUUGGAUAGCAUAUUGUGGCCCUUGUCCUUCGUCCAUUGAAUUAGGCAAUAUUAGGGGUUUAGGUUUUAUAAGCUAUUUGAUUGAAUAUUGGCAUUGAUGUUCAAAUAAUCCUUUAAUAAUUAUAUUAUCAACCCAAAUUUAUUAAUAAUUAUCAUUCUUACUUGAACCACUUUCCAACCAAAUAUAAUACAAAAUUUGAUGGUAUAGGUAAAUUUCAUGGAGACAGCUCGAUUUGGGUGACACAGAGCAUCAAUCGAAGCAUUUUUGACUGUAUUUAAUCGAUUAAAUACUCGUUUUCGGGUAUUUUUUUCAAUGAGAAAUCAGAAAGUACCAAAAAUUAAAAAAAGAACUACCAACAAAC